AUGAGCUUCGCGCACAGCGUGUCGAAGGAGUGCACGGCGGGUCGCGGCCGCCUCCACAGCCAGGGCUGGUCAUCCGGCGCGCCGGGGGACCUCCUUCAUGCGGUCGAAGAGGAUCGUGCCGCCCGUGUUGGUGUCGAGGACCCAACUCGCGGUGCCUUUGGAGGCAUGAUGGUCUGGGCGCUCGACCAGGCCGACCCCGGCACGGCCAGUCUUCUGAAUCCAGACGGCAUGACGGGAGACGAGGUCCUUGAGGCCGAGUCUAUAUACCAAGACGAAGCGGCCAAGGGCCUGUGCUACACGACCAAGUGUGGCGACAAGUGUCGUGACGGCGACCACGAGGCGGCACAGGCCAACGGGCAGCCAGGCCAAUAUUCCACCGAGUCCAGGUGCCCGAGCGACGAGUACCGCAGGAUACGCCGUAACAAAGGCGUGACCAUGGGGACAUGCCGCUGGCGAGGGAGGCUGCCGCGGAGCCGGAGACGGGCCGGUAGCCGUGGUGGAUGUCGGGAUUGUCCUGGUACCAUUCUGGGAUCUCGUUGA